UCAAGGGCUUGUAAAGGCAAAUUCCAAUAGUUAUCUGGUAAACACAAAUAAUGUUGGCUUCUCAGCAAUAGAGAAAAAAUAGAGCUUUGAGGUCCAAAUUUAAUCUCCCCCAAACCCUAACCAUGACCUGAUCCAAAAUCCCCAAAAUUCUCCAUCUUCAUCAUCCGCCGUCCGAUCAAAGCUCCGUCAUAUAAUAAAAAGUAAAAGAAAAUCAGCAUCAAAUCUCUAAACUGCCAGACGAUGCCGUCCCACGGGGAUCUGGAUCGUCAGAUUGAGCACUUAAUGCAGUGCAAGCCGCUUUCGGAGGCGGAGGUGAAGACUCUGUGCGAGCAGGCGCGUGCGAUCCUCGUGGAGGAGUGGAAUGUUAUGCCGGUAAAGUGUCCCGUCACCGUCUGCGGCGAUAUCCAUGGCCAAUUCCACGAUCUCGUUGAACUGUUCCGCAUAGGCGGCAAUUCUCCCGACACUAAUUAUCUUUUUAUGGGCGAUUACGUAGAUCGAGGAUAUUACUCUGUGGAGACUGUCACUCUUCUAGUUGCACUGAAAGUUCGUUAUAGAGAUAGAAUAACUAUUUUAAGGGGCAAUCAUGAGAGCCGCCAGAUAACUCAAGUGUACGGCUUUUAUGAUGAAUGCUUGAGAAAAUAUGGAAAUGCUAAUGUCUGGAAGCAUUUCACUGACCUCUUUGAUUAUUUACCUCUGACUGCCCUGAUUGAAAGUCAGAUUUUCUGCUUGCAUGGUGGACUCUCACCAUCUUUGGAUACAUUAGAUAACAUUCGUGCUCUGGACCGUAUACAGGAGGUUCCUCAUGAGGGUCCAAUGUGUGAUCUCUUAUGGUCUGAUCCUGAUGACCGAUGUGGAUGGGGAAUAUCUCCUCGGGGAGCAGGGUAUACCUUCGGACAGGAUAUUUCUGGGCAGUUCAACCACACAAAUGGGCUCACUCUGAUUUCUAGAGCUCACCAGCUUGUAAUGGAAGGCUAUAAUUGGUCCCAGGAUAAGAAUGUCGUAACGGUGUUUAGUGCACCAAAUUACUGCUACCGUUGUGGAAAUAUGGCUGCAAUUCUUGAGAUAGGGGAGAAUAUGGAGCAAAGUUUUCUUCAGUUUGACCCGGCUCCACGUCAGAUUGAACCGGAUUCCACACGUAGAACCCCCGAUUAUUUUUUAUAAUUCUGGUAGCUUAGUCUUGCCUGCUAAAAUCCUGCAUCUCCUAUUGUGUUUUUGUAGAUGUGUCUUACAAAAAUCAGAGAAUUAUGCCCCAUCCAGUUGAGGGAAGGACAAAAGAAACCAUUUUCUUUUAAUCAUUCUUUUGGGUGUUUUGCUGCUACAUUCAUACGAGUCUAUAGGCUUCAUUUGUAGAAUAACAAGUCCUUUUUCCUGUUUUCCUUUAAUUUUUGUUUUUGCUGUGUUUGGAGUUCAA